AUGGAAAAGUUUGAGAUCCCACUACCCGACGGAGGGAUUAUCUCCGGCCGAUUCAACUUCCCCGCCGCCAAUAAAACCCCUGCCAAUCCGCCGCUUAUCGUCUGUGUCCCUGGGGGAAGUUACGAUGCCGAAUACUUCGAUGUGGACGAAGAUUACUCCAUAACCAGCACCUCGGCAUGGGCAGGAAUACCCACUAUCGCUUUGACAAGGCCUGGCUAUGGAUCGAGUACUCCGGCGCCAAUGGAUGACACCGACCAAGACACAACAUAUGGCCAAUUCCAAGGGAAGUAUCUGAACUCUACAGUUUUACCGGCUCUAUGGAGGCUGUUCAGCGAGCGGACGGGAACAACGGCCAUUGUACUCUUGUCUCACUCUAUCGGAGCGAUGAUCAGUACUAUUGUAGCGGGAUCAUAUACGGGAACUGAAGGCUAUCCACUGGCGGGUCUUAUCACUUCAGGAAUAGGCGCCGAAUUAGCCGAGGGGCCACGAGGAGGUAUGCUUCAUGUUUUGGAUGAGACAACGGGCUUGAUUUCGUUCGAAGCAACUCCCAAGGAUGCCAUCAUGCUUCAAAUUCCCAUGCAGAAUCUUACCGAUCGCGAAAUGUGCCGCCAUACCGAUCGCCUCAAUCACCCUGUCCCGCCGGGUGAACUGCACGACAUCAAUCAAACGUGGCUAGGCUACUGGCGGAAAUACUCAGAUCGCGUGGCUGUUCCAGUGAUGCAUGGACUGUCCGAAUUUGAUGGUCUUUGGAAUUAUUCGCCUAAGAUCUUGGAAGAGUACAAAGCCGCUUUCUCAGCUAGUCCAAAGGUUACGAGCGAAAUGAUUCCCCUAGCUCCCCAUUGCAUCGAGUUGAGUCUCCAAAGCAAAUCUUGGUAUAUGAAAUGUUGCGCCUUUGCCUUGGAGUGCGUGAAUUGGUAUGAGCUGCGACCGAAGUCUCGACCUGUGUCUGUUAAAUCAGGGAUUUUGAAGGAGGGUACAGAAGACACUCCAGGUCAGAGUGGGAUUGCUACACUCGUUUACAGUACAACACGCUAUGAGGAAGGCGGACUUUGA